GGAGCGGGUACCUGUCAAAUUCGGGUACCCCGCUCCCACUUCCGCUGCAAUCGCCUAGGCGUUCGGAAAACCGGAAGUUGUCCUCCCUCCCCGAAGUCUUGUGGGACACUUGACAGGUCCCAGAAGUCUACAGGGCCAUUCAUGAAGCGCAGCUCUACUCGCACAUGCACAGUGGGCACCUGGCUGUGGAGCCGCAAGCUGUCACAGCCGGGUGCCCACACUGAAGAUGCCGGCGCCUUGAAUACAGGACGGCUGGUGAAAUGGGCUGUGGCGGGGGCAAGGCGG